CGACAACUUCCUUGCCCAACAAAUAUAUCCCCCCACAUACCGGUAACUCAUCCUCCGUCCAUUCCUUCUCCUCCUCCUCCUACAAGCACACCCCACAAGAGGGAGAGAUAGAGAGAAGAGAGAGAAAAGGGUGAGCGAGUUCCUUUUUCAACAGAUAGAUAUAAAAAAAAAAAAAAAUAAGAAAAAACAUGACAGACUCAGAAGUCUACUUCACCAUCCUCCGAGUAUCCGCCGCACAAACCCUCCGCUCCGCCGGCAUAACCGCAGCGAAGCCCUCCGUCGUCGACGCGUUCACAGACCUCCUAGCCCGCUACCUCACCCUCCUGGGCACUACGACCCGCAACUUUGCCGAGUCCGGCGGCCGCACGCAGGCAGAGUUAAUAGAUGCCCGCAUGGCAAUGGAGCACGUCGGUCUCCUCCGGCCGAUAAACAUAUUCAGCAAUCCCGACGACGACGAUACGGAGGCCGUGGAUGCGCUUGUGGAGUGGUUUCGUGGGCCGCAGGCCGCGGAUAUGAGGAGGGUUGCUGGCCAUGCUGAGAAGGAGGGGCAGGUUGGGAAGAGUGAUGAGUGGUUGGGCGCUACGAAGAAAUUGUCGGAGAAGAGGAAUACUACGGUGUAAGAUGGGAACCCGAUGGGCCGUAGCGGUGGGGAGAUCAAGAAAGGUUGUCGUUUGGAUGGACGUGGUAAUGGCGACGUUGGGUGUAAUACGGCGCAGCCGGGAUAGAAAAAGCGAGACUAGAAGGAUCUCUAUAUGGGAGAGGAAUGGGUGGAAAGCCCAACCGGACCGGAGGUAUACCUUUGGCAGCGGACGGCGCACGAGGUAUGUGUGGGCCAUCAGGUAAACCCACAAUACCCAUUCCCUCUCUCCUCUCUUUUUUAACAUGUAUCAUAAUCACCAGCCCCCGCACCCAUCCACGGUGCCAGCGGUAUUCCCAUAUUCCAUUCAUGUAAUAGCUAAGGCGUUCCGGGUUUCUUUCUUUUCGUCUAUAUGAAAGGUUUAUCAACAUCUUA